AUGGACUCAACAAUUUUAUUAAAUAAUGUUGAAACAAGUGGACAAAAAUCUGCUUCCUCUGAUACAAAUUCUGAUAAAAAUCCUGAUACAAAUCACGAAAUUUUUCUCUCUGGAAUUUCCAACGAAACCGAAAUGAUUAUUUUUAAUAAUCAAACUGAAAUGAAUAAUCGAAAGCCUGCACUCCAUGAUUUUGACUAUGGAAUUCCUGAUCUUUUAGCAUGUACAAAUUGUCGCAUGAGUCAUCGAAGAUGCAUAAGACUUCCCGAAGGCAUCUGUGCAAACUGUAGGAAUAACAGUCUUUAUUGUAUUUAUAUAUCGGGUAGAAAACGUGGGCCAAAGACCAAUUCCCAAUUUCUUCCCGAUGUUAAUCCUUGUGAAACUGCUACCAAUGCAUUAUGCUCUUCAUCAAACGAUUAUAACAUUAUUUCUCCCAAUACACAUAAUGAAACUACUGAAACAUUCCAAAAUAUGUCCAUUAGUCAAUCAUUUUUACCUUCUUUCUUUCCUUUCGUUCACGAUGAACCAUCACAAAAUAAUGAUCCUUUAAUCGUUAAUCCAUAUCAAAAUAUUUCAUCAUCCUCUACUAGCCAUUUAACCGAUUCCUUUUCUGUUGAAACUCCUAUCAAUAUCAACCCAUAUAGAACUGCUGAAAUAUUCCAAAAUGUAUUUCUUUCCACUCACGAAGGACCAGCACAAAACAAUGAUCCUUUAACUAUAUCAUCUUCUAUUAGUUAUUUAAAUGGUUCCUCUUCUGUUGAGACUCCUAUCAAUAUUAACCCAUAUGGAACUGAUGAAAUAUUCCAAAAUGUAUUUCUUUCCGCUCACGAAGAACCAGCACAAAACAAUGAUCCUUUAACUAUAUCAUCUUCUAUUAAUUAUUUAAAUGAUUCCUCUUCUGUUGAGACUCCUAUCAAUAUUAACCCAUAUGGAACUGAUGAAAUAUUCCAAAAU